AGGUAAACUAUGCCUGCUAACGUCAGCCAACGCUCCUUGUAAUGACAAAGGAAGCUGCUGGCUAAUAAUAGCAAUUUUGCUUCAUCCUUGCCCUUGGAAGCGAAAAUCUAACUUUACGCAACGCUUGCGCUCAGUAAAGUAACGAAUGGUGACGGGUUAGUUUUAUUCCUCAUUGGAGAGCAGGGACACUUGGACGUCCGUUUUUGCGGGGGGUGAUGAGACACAUUUUCCGUCUGCCCAUUAAUGUCCCGAAUUUGGUUCGAAUCAUGCGGCCAGCAGCCACGUCGCUUACAGCACAACACCGAGCGUCUCUGCUGUCGUCUGUCCAGGGAGACCGCGCCUCCAACGGAUCGCAUUGCAAGAAGGCACUGCUCUCGGACGCGGGGCUAUUCGAAGCCCAUUUCGAGGAGCUGGUGUGGGAGCUGACAGAGCAAGACCUCACGGACCCCGUACUACGCGACGCCAUGAACCGGCUCAAAGAGGUUUUGCUCUACAACGCCCCGGGAGGCAAAAGAAACCGCGGCCUGUCUGUGAUUGGCUCCCUGCGGGAGCUCGUCCCACCGACGAAACUCACUCAGGACACCGUCCAGCGGGCUCUGGUGGUCGGAUGGUGCAUUGAAUUGCUUCAGGCCUUCUUUCUUGUUGCCGAUGAUAUCAUGGACGCAUCUGUGACUCGCAGAGGACGGCCCUGCUGGUACAAGAAGGAUGGAAUUGGUUUGGAUGCCAUCAACGAUGCCUUCCUCUUGGAGGCCUCCAUUUACAGGUUGCUUCGCAGACACUGCAGGAACCAGCCCUACUAUGUCCACCUACUGGAGCUAUUCAAUGAGACCUCCUUUCAGACAGAACUGGGCCAAGCUCUUGACCUCAUGACAGCACCCCCUGGUCAUUUUGACCUCAACAGAUUCACCAUGGAGAGGUAUAAAGCUAUUGUCAAAUACAAGACUGCUUUCUACUCCUUCUACCUCCCGGUGGCAGCAGCGAUGUACAUGGCUGGAAUCAAGGACGAAGAGGAGCAUAGAAAUGCCAAACUCAUUUUACUGGAGAUGGGAGAAUUCUUCCAAAUACAGGAUGACUACCUGGACUGUUACGGAGACCCUGCUGUGACGGGAAAGGUCGGCACUGAUAUCCAAGAUAACAAGUGCAGUUGGCUUGUCGUCACGGCGAUGGAGGUCCUAACCCCUGAACAGAGAACAGAGUUAGAGGCGUGUUACGGGCGGCACGAUGACGCCAGCGUGGAAAAAGUCAAAGCGCUAUACGACAUCCUGGAGAUGCCAAGCCUCUACCGCAAGUACGAAGACGAGAGCUACCAGCGCUUGCAGAAACUCAUCGCGUGUCACGCUCAGAACCUUCCUCACGCUGUGUUCCUCAACUUUGCCAAGAAGAUCUACAAGAGGAAAAAGUGAAGAGGAACAUGGAACAAUGUUAAAGGACUUCAGGUGGCUUAAGUGGGGGAGUAACAAAACCAUCGAGCCAUUGGUUUAAUUCCAUUCACACUUUAGCUUCUUAUCUAUUUAUUGCAGCAUCUCCAGUCAUUAUCUACUCGAUAGUUGAUGGUUCAGUUGUGAUAUGUUACAUAGUUGCAUGUAUUUUGCUAGACGAAAUACGAGAGCUUCAUAUCGAGGCA